CCCUUUCCCUCAGGGCCCGCCCUCCGCCCCGAAACCUUCUGACUACUAACCUGUAGAUCCCUUUAGUUCCUUAGCAGUAUUCACAAAUGUUUUUCUACUCACACUUUUUACUUCUUUUUCCCCUCUCGUUACUUUUCACACUUGGAUUUUUGUUUAUCUUUUUUUUUUUUUUUUGAGACGGAGUUUUCGCUCUUGUUACCCAGACUGGAAUGCAAUGGUGCGGUCUCGGCUCACUGCAACCUCUGCCUCCCGGAUUCAGGCGAUUCUCCUGCCUCAGCCUCCGGGAGUAGCUGGAAUUACAGACCAAGAUCACUCCAUGGAUGAAAUGACAGCUGUGGUGAAAAUUGAAAAAGGAGUUGGUGGCAAUAAUGGGGGCAAUGGUAAUGGUGGUGGUGCCUUUUCACAGGCUCGAAGUAGCAGCACAGGCAGUAGCAGCAGCACUGGAGGAGGAGGAGGGCAGGAGUCCCAGCCAUCCCCUUUGGCUCUGCUGGCAGCAACUUGCAGCAGAAUUGAGUCACCCAAUGAGAACAGCAACAACUCCCAGGGCCCAAGUCAGUCAGGGGGAACAGGUGAGCUUGACCUCACAGCCACACAACUUUCACAGGGUGCCAAUGGCUGGCAGAUCAUCUCUUCCUCCUCUGGGGCUACCCCUACCUCAAAGGAACAGAGUGGCAGCAGUACCAAUGGCAGCAGUGGCAGUGAGUCUUCCAAGAAUCGCACAGUCUCUGGUGGGCAGUAUGUUGUGGCUGCCGCUCCCAACUUACAGAACCAGCAAGUUCUGACAGGACUACCUGGAGUGAUGCCUAAUAUUCAGUAUCAAGUAAUCCCACAGUUCCAGACCGUUGAUGGGCAACAGCUGCAGUUUGCUGCCACUGGGGCCCAAGUGCAGCAGGAUGGUUCUGGUCAAAUACAGAUCAUACCAGGUGCAAACCAACAGAUUAUCACAAAUCGAGGAAGUGGAGGCAACAUCAUUGCUGCUAUGCCAAACCUACUCCAGCAGGCUGUCCCCCUCCAAGGCCUGGCUAAUAAUGUACUCUCAGGACAGACUCAGUAUGUGACCAAUGUACCAGUGGCCCUGAAUGGGAACAUCACCUUGCUACCUGUCAACAGCGUUUCUGCAGCUACCUUGACUCCCAGCUCUCAGGCAGUCACGAUCAGCAGCUCUGGGUCCCAGGAGAGUGGCUCACAGCCUGUCACCUCAGGGACUACCAUCAGUUCUGCUAGCUUGGUAUCAUCACAAGCCAGUUCCAGCUCCUUUUUCACCAAUGCCAAUAGCUACUCAACUACUACUACCACCAGCAACGUGGGAAUUAUGAACUUUACUACCAGUGGAUCAUCAGGGACCAACUCUCAAGGCCAGACACCCCAGAGGGUCAGUGGGCUACAGGGGUCUGAUGCUCUGAACAUCCAGCAAAACCAGACAUCUGGAGGCUCAUUGCAAGCAGGCCAGCAAAAAGAAGGAGAGCAAAACCAGCAGACACAGCAGCAACAAAUUCUUAUCCAGCCUCAGCUAGUUCAAGGGGGACAGGCCCUCCAGGCCCUCCAAGCAGCACCAUUGUCAGGGCAGACCUUUACAACUCAAGCCAUCUCCCAGGAAACCCUCCAGAACCUCCAGCUUCAGGCUGUUCCAAACUCUGGUCCCAUCAUCAUCCGGACACCAACAGUGGGGCCCAAUGGACAGGUCAGUUGGCAGACUCUACAGCUGCAGAACCUCCAAGUUCAGAACCCACAAGCCCAGACAAUCACCUUAGCCCCAAUGCAGGGUGUUUCCUUGGGGCAGACCAGCAGCAGCAACACCACUCUCACACCCAUUGCCUCAGCUGCUUCCAUUCCUGCUGGCACAGUCACUGUGAAUGCUGCUCAACUCUCCUCCAUGCCAGGCCUCCAGACCAUUAACCUCAGUGCAUUGGGUACUUCAGGAAUCCAGGUGCACCCAAUUCAAGGCCUGCCGUUGGCUAUAGCAAAUGCCCCAGGUGAUCAUGGAGCUCAGCUUGGUCUCCAUGGGGCUGGUGGUGAUGGAAUACAUGAUGACACAGCAGGUGGAGAGGAAGGAGAAAACAGCCCAGAUGCCCAACCCCAAGCCGGUCGGAGGACCCGGCGGGAAGCAUGCACCUGCCCCUACUGUAAAGACAGUGAAGGAAGGGGCUCGGGGGAUCCUGGCAAAAAGAAACAGCAUAUUUGCCACAUCCAAGGCUGUGGGAAAGUGUAUGGCAAGACCUCACACCUGCGGGCACACUUGCGCUGGCAUACAGGCGAGAGGCCAUUUAUGUGUACCUGGUCAUACUGUGGGAAACGCUUCACACGUUCGGAUGAGCUACAGAGGCACAAACGUACACACACAGGUGAGAAGAAAUUUGCCUGCCCUGAGUGUCCUAAGCGCUUCAUGAGGAGUGACCACCUGUCAAAACAUAUCAAGACCCACCAGAAUAAGAAGGGAGGCCCAGGUGUAGCUCUGAGUGUGGGCACUUUGCCCCUGGACAGUGCGGCAGGUUCAGAAGGCAGUGGCACUGCCACUCCUUCAGCCCUUAUUACCACCAAUAUGGUAGCCAUGGAGGCCAUCUGUCCAGAGGGCAUUGCCCGUCUUGCCAACAGUGGCAUCAACGUCAUGCAGGUGGCAGAUCUGCAGUCCAUUAAUAUCAGUGGCAAUGGCUUCUGAGAUCAGGCACCCGGGGCCAGAGACAUAUGGGCCAUACCCAUCAACCCCGGGAUCCAAGGUAGCAUGGGUCCAAGAGACAUGUGGGAAGAGAGAGCCAUGAAGCAUUAAAAUGCAUGGUGUUGAGAAGAAUCAGGAGAGGGAUACAAGAGAAGAGAUGGGGUCCCGGCACCCAUCUGUAUCAUCAGUGCCUCUUUGAAGGUGGGAAACAUUAGUGAAAAUUCUGUUGGUGCCACGCUUUGAUGAGCAUUUGUUUGACCCCAGUUUCUUCUUACACUUCUUACCCCAGCCUACCCUUCCUGCAUUUUUCUUCUCAGCUCUUCCAUGAUGGAUUCCCCCCCCUUUCCUAAAGCCAUCAUGCCUUGAUAAAUAUAUAUGAUCAUUGAAAUACUUUUUAACAAAAAACAGAUUCUAUAUUAUUAUAUAUAUAUAUAUAUAUAUAUAAAGAUAUAUAGAGAUGCAUUCACAGGGGUUGGCUGGGAGGAGGAAGACCAUUCUGUGACCAAAAUACCUUGGUCAUUUUUUUUAUAUUGCCUUAUUUCCCUAUGGCUGAGCCUUGUUGUGACACAUCAAGCUUUUCUGUAGAUGUUGUCUGGGCUUCCCACCAGCUUAAGCGUUCAUAUGCUCUGCUUUUAGUUCAUAUAUACAUACAUAAUGUUUUUCCUUUCUUAAUUUUGUCUUUUUGUUUGGGAUCAGCUUCCUGCACUCCUUCCCUAACUCAGCUGUUGCCGUCUCAUCUUCUCUCAUCUGAUCACUUCAUGUUUUGUUUUUGUUACUGCCUGGAUGAGGCACUUCUGUCAAUUUUUUCAGGACCUUAGUUCCAGCAGCAGAAUGGAAAAAUCCUUGAAGCCCAGGCUGAUGCUUGAAGUAACUGUGGAGGGAGUGUUCAAAAUACUACUGACGCAGGCACCUUCUUGGCGCUGGAGAGUCAAAGGCAUCUCCCUUCAUUAGCUGCUCUGAGCAUCAAGAAUUAGAAGUCUUUCAGUGGAAUUGUACAAGAGUCCCUUUGAAGAUAAUAAUCUUGGCUCAGUUUGUAUAAACUGUCAAAUUUUCAAAUAAUAGGUAGGGGGCUUUCACUGGGAAAAUCAUGUGCUCAGAAGAGGAAAUGACUCAUAGUCAGGUUCAGGAGUUAGUGGAGUAUUUGGACUUUGGUACUGCUGUCUUCCAAGGUAGCUCUAAGUUUUGAUGUGUGGGCUUCUGAGUUUAUAUUCUGAAAGGAAAUACACUUCUUUUGAACAUCCCCACUAGGUUCUUUUCCAUUGUCAAUAAGGAGCAUCAGCCAGUGAAUCUGUUUCAGGUUUCCAUUCUGCAGAACUCCAGAGCAUGUGCUAGUGGCAAGACAGUGGUUCUUAUGAUCUUUUCCCUUAACUUUUCCUUGUAUGUUCUUGGGUGGUUCCUAAGGGAAAAGGAAGCACAUGAUCAUGGGAAUGAUAGCCCAGAACAAAAACAAAUCUUGUCUUACCACAGUGUUUUAUAGGAGAGAUUGGGAGAAAUCAUCCUGUUUUCUCUGUGACCUGAUUUCAGAAGAGACUGAUCCAAAAAUUAAAACGGCAGGGAACCUAGUGUAUUUGGCACUGAGAUUUAAAUGCAACCAGAAUUGUCCUCAAGGCCCAGCCAUAAAAGCAUUGUCUCUCUCGACCUUCUGGUAUCUUGUUAGAGAGCUUUUCACUGUGAGGAAGUGUGGAAAAAUAGCUCUGUGUGUGUGUGUGUGUGUGUGUGUGUAAUCUGUUAGGUUGGGGAUAGGUUUUCUGCUAGCCAAUAUUAAAAGAGACCUGCAAUAAAAAAAUUACCCUGAUCUGAUAGAAAGCAAGUGUUUUUGUAUGUGUGGGUGAAUGUGUGUUCAUGUCCGUAUAUGUCUACACACAGAUGACAAAUUAUAUUUGAAAUCGUUGGAAAAUAAAUUCAGAUCAAAAUGCCUUUCAGGCCCAUUACCUAGAAAUCUAUCUUAAAACCUGGGUAUGUUCCUAAGGUCAUUUCUUUGCUUAUGCUAAAUUAAUUACAAUUAUGAAUGGAGGAUAUUCUACUGUACUUUUUUAAAAAGAAACUAUUUUUGUGUUUGAAAGUGAAACCAACAUCCAGAUCUAUAGCAGAGUCCUUAUUCUCAUAAAUCUUUUUACUUUGGCUACAAAUAGAUGAUGGUAUGAUUCUAUUAUAUAUUUUAUAUAAAAUCCAUCCAAAUUAAGUUUUGGGUAAGUGUGUUGUUUAACCUGAACUAUAGUAACUUAAUACUCUAAACAAUAGUUCACUCCAUUUGGUCCUUUCUCCACAGAUGUAAUUCUGUUUUCAACUCAGGAACUAUGGCAAGGAACUUUCCCCAGAUCAAAUUCUGUUAACGCUGAGAUACAAGUCAUCCAUGCACAGCCACUAUCAUACCCUUUAUUCUCACUGAAAGGCAGAACUCAGAACCUGUUAUUUUAUGUCUGUAAUCAUGUACUUUGGCAUCUUUUGGAGGAAAGGGGCAGGAUAACUCACUGGAAUGUACAGUAUUUUGCUAGUGCAUUUCAAGGAAUGGAAUCUUCUCCAGUAUGAAAUUACCAGAUAUAAACUAGUGUAAUGAUGCUGAGGAUAUAAGCUUUUACAAGGUAAUUUGAUGGUAUUUCUCUCUCGAAUGAAAAGCUGCUGGUUUACCCUCAACCCUAUUCAUUAGCAUUACCAUGAGUGAAUUUAUAUCUAAUUAUUUCCACUUGCCCUGUUCUCUUUACACCAAGGAAGCUCCAGAUCCAGUAUCUUGUUUGGCCUCAAAACAGAAGCAGCUUCUUUUGUCUCCCAGCAGUAGUGAGCCACUUAGUCUCUUCCACAGGAAGUUUGGAGCCUACAUUCCUUGAGUCAGGAGCUCAUUACAGAAAAACCCCGUUUCCCUGAACUUUUGGCUAACAGAAAUUAAUGUAACUGACAUGCAUAUUGAUUCUGAAAUUUUUUCCAUAAGUUUUUUUCAUUUUUUUGAAUGAGUUUUUUAAAUUUUUUAGAUGACCAAAACUUGCAGGGCAGGGGAUGCCCAGAAGAGUGGUGAGAUAGUAAAACACUUAUUCCCUCAUCCUUUCAGGUUUUCAGGUUGCCCAUUUAUAUUCAUUUACAUGUCAUUUGACUGUCUCACUUUUUACCCAGAACAGUAACAACCCACACCAUCUUCCUUCAGGGAUUUCCAACUGGCACUCUGUGGGUGCUACACAGAAUGCAAUUUAAUGGAUAUUUCUCAGCCUGGUUCAGAAUAAAUUGAACCUUUGAUCCCAGAAAGUAUAUACUGAAGUGUGGGAUAAAGAUUAUGAUUAGGGGAGGGUUGGAGACAAAAGCUGUAAAUUACUAUGGCUGAUUUAUUUCUACUAUAUACAUAUAUAUUUUUGGCUUUUGUAUAUCCUAUAUAGGAAACUAAGCAUUGUAUUUUUUUUUUAACAAAUCUAAAAAAGCACUAUGAACUGCAGGUGUUUGACUUUCAAAAUAUAUUUUGUAUUGUUAAUAUCUUCA